UUGUGGAUGGAAUUCUGACGUCGGCAAACCGUUGUCCAAUAGGUUCACUCCAUUUUAAUCAACCGAGCGCGUCGCGGAUAAUAAUGGACGCGUCGCUCGCUCCUCUCGCAGCGCGUCAUGUGAUACGCGCUGGAAUUCGACACCUCGGGCUUUGAAAGCUCUGGUGUGUUCAUGGGACGAGAUGUUGGCGCACAGCUUCUCCCGAGGACACGCGCUGGAGACGCGUCUGUUUCUGCACGCUCCGGACGCGUAACAUACGAUUAAACGUGGACGUUUGAAUUAUGUAUUAUCAUUACAGAGGGACGUCGAAAGGAAACGUUUUGAGGAAUACGUUUUCAUUAUCUGUGGAUUAUUUUCACUUGUCAGUUUCUUAAUUUAUUUCACUCAAGUCCAUGACAGGAGAGGUCGAGCAGGACAGAAAAAAUGGCAAAGGCUGGAGAAGUCCAGGGAAUUCGAUGGCUACGCCUGCCAGAGGUGACCUGAGAAACUGGAAGGUGAUGCUGUUGAUGUUUGUAUGUCUUCUGGGUCUGGUUGAUGGACAUUUUCUGCAGAAAGAGGCAGAGGAACUUCCCCCCGGCAUGCUGAGAGCCCAUUCGACACCUCCGGAUCGUCCUCGACGACACCAACAGAACCCAGACCGGUGGCAGAGUAAAGCACCCUGGGUUGAAAUGCAGGACGCAUCUGUAGCAGAAGAAGGUGAGGAGCAUCGAGUCCGUUGGCAACGUUCCUCUACAAACAUCUCCACCGCUAGGAAAUCCCGCAAGGAGCACAAGGAACGUCGGAACCGGACGCGAGGUCGGAACAGCCAGGACUGUCGUAUGGAGAGGAAGCAGAUGCGCGUGCGCGAUUUGGGACUUGGAUACGAUUCGGACGAGAUUGUCCUGUUUAAGUACUGUGUGGGAACGUGCAUGCGCGCCCGUAGGAACUACGACCUGGCCCUGAAGGUGCUGACGGAUAACGGCAGCGUUCCGAGCCGAAAGGUGAGCACUCAGCCCUGCUGCCGGCCCACGCGCUUCGAGACCGUCUCGUUCAUGGACGCCCAGACCAGCUGGCAGACGAUUAAAUGGCUUUCGGCAGCCAACUGCAGCUGUGUGGGGUGAGCAGGGAAAAUCGAUCCAAAGCUCCUGUAUAGUGAGUGAGAAAAUUCCUUGCGGUGCUCCUGCCGAGGCCUGUCGAGCUUUAACAGAGAGAGGCAACCACUCCAGAUCCGAUCUCAUAGGAUGGGCACAGGAGGCAUCCAAAUAAGGGAUGUCCUGAAGGGUCACCCGGCUGUCUGUGAUGUUAGAGGAGAUGCGAACCUGCCAAUCAAUCUCGGGAUACCCGCUCCGGUCUGCAGUCUUUAAGAUUUUGUGAAAAGUAACUUGAAGGCCUACGUUUCACAAUGUCUGCAUUCUGGGAUUGUGGAUUUGUCGAUCAGUAUGUUUGGAAAUUGCUGUGGAUAUCAUGAAGGUUCAUUUAACCAAAGCGGAAGCUGCUUUUGAUUCACUAAUCGGUUUAGCAUGUGUGUUUAUUAUAUAUAUGUAUACACACACACGUUUUCCUAAGCUAAGUGCACACUACCCAUGCUUAAAGUGCUGGAUGUUGGACCCACAUACGGCUGUCAUAAGCACAUUCAACAUCCUCUGUUCAUGACAUUUUAAGAAAUACCUCUUUACCAUAUGAUCCUCUGAAAUCAAAGCAUUUCAAUAGUUGUUUUAUCUUUUCACUCAAUGCACUUUUGGUGCAUUUUAAAAUUAUGGUAUGGGCCAAAAUUAGUGUAGACAUCAUAAAUUGACAAUAAACAUGAUUGUAAGGGAAAGUCAUAAACUCUU